AUGAAUGAAACAAAUUAUAAGCAGACGCUUGCAUUGACAUUGGGGAGAUUUGUAUAUUUUGAGGGAAAAUACAUUCUAAAGGAUUGACAGCCACAAUGGUGAGAUGCCUAGUGGGCGUACUGAAACAUGGCUACAUGCAUGGACUGAAAAACAUCCAAAGAUUUGCCAGCACAGGUCUUUUGAGAACAGGCUUGUAUGACUUUCAUGUGGAAAAUGGAGCCAAAAUGGUACCGUUUGCUGGCUGGGAAAUGCCAGUACAGUACAAAGACUCCAUAUCAGAAUCGCACAACAACAUACGUACACAGGCUGGUAUAUUUGAUGUCUCACACAUGCUGCAAACAAAAGUCAGUGGAAAGGAUAGGAUCAAGUUUAUGGAGAGUCUGGUUGUUGGGGACAUUGCUGGUCUCAAGGAGAACCAAGGAACUCUGUCUCUCUUUACAAAUGAAAAGGGAGGCAUAAUAGAUGAUCUGAUAAUAAACAAGACAGAUGAAGAUUACCUGUAUGUUGUCUCCAAUGCAGGUUGUGCAGACAAGGACUUACCUCUUAUGAUGAAUCAAGCAGAAAAUUUGAGGUGUAAAGGACUUGAUGUGGAAGUUGAUGUAAUCUGCAAUGGAUUGUUAGCUCUACAGGGUCCAGCAAUGGUAAAAGUUCUACAGCCAGGUUUAGACUUUGAUCUCAGUGAAUUACCCUUCAUGACAACUAAGUCAGCAUCAGUAUAUGGUAUAAAUGAUUGCCGUGUGACAAGAUGCGGUUACACUGGGGAAGAUGGUGUAGAGAUAUCAGUAGCUUCCGGGAGAGCAGCAGAACUAGCGCAACAUUUGUUAAACUCUAGUAAAGAUGUAGAUUGUAGGCUAACUGGCCUUGGGGCACGUGACAGUUUGAGGUUGGAGGCGGGGCUUUGUCUGUAUGGUAAUGAUAUUGAUGAAACCACUACACCCAUUGAAGCAACUCUGGCUUGGACAAUAGGCAAGAGAAGAAAAGAGGAAGGAGGUUUUCCAGGUGCUGAUAUAAUUCUGAAACAGAUUAAAGAAAAACCAAAACAACGAAGGGUUGGUUUCACUUCUACAGGCCCUCCUGCCAGAGGUGGUACAGAAAUAUAUGAGGAAUCAGGAGAAAAGGUCAUCGGCAAGGUAACUAGUGGAUGUCCUUCACCUUCUCUCAAAAAGAAUGUUUCCAUGGGAUAUGUGCAGUCUGCUUACUUCAAACCAGGAACUAAAGUGAAAUUUUCAGUGCGCAAGAAAAUGGUUGAUGCCAUAGUUACAAAGAUGCCAUUUGUGCCAACAAAUUAUUACAUGGGGAAAUAAUCUCAGUAACAUGUACAUUUUUAUACAGUGGAGGUGGCAUUAUAUUUAUAAAUUAUGGUGAAAUUUGAUUUCAUUUAUGAUUCAGGGGUAGAGGCAGUGGUGCUGUUUUGAGCCAAUUAUUAAAUUUAUCCCGUAUUAUAACCAGCAUUUGAGCAGUGUUUGAAGCCGAUUAAUGAAGAUUCUUUUCACAUACAUGUCUUUCCUGUAGAGAAUACAUAGUCUUUAUGUUGUCAGUCUGUCACAUGUUGCCUGGACUACUAUCUGUACUCUAAACUGUUGAUUAGAUUGCUCCAGUCCAACUUUGUUGGAAGGUUAAGAACCCGGCGUGUUUCACACGUUAUCAGCCUUUUCCUGUUUAAUGGUCUAAUGUGUUUAUGAUCUCUUUUGGUCAGGUGCCUGACUAAUUCUCGUGAGUUUCAAACUUAGGUGGUCUCAUGAGUGUUAAGAUUUUCCUUUGAUCUGGUUUACUGACCUAGUUUUUGACCCCACGUGACCCAGUUUCGAACUUGACCUAGAGAUCAUCAAGAUAAAUAUUCUGACCAAGUUUCAUGAAGAUAGUGUCAUAAAUGUUGCCUCUAGAGUGUUAACAAGCUUUUCCUUUGAUUUGACUGGGCGACUUAGUUUUUGACCCAACAGGACCAAGAUUCGAACUUGACCUGGAGGUCAUCAAGACAUUCUGGCCAACUUUCAUGAGUUUUAAACUUAAACUGUGGACUCUAAGAGUAUUAACAAGAUUUUUCUUUGAUCUGGCCUACUAGUUUUUGACCCCACAUGACCCAGUUUCGAACUUGACCUAGAUAUCAUCAAGAUAAACAUUCUGACCAAGUGUCAUAAAGAUAUGGUCAAAACUGUGGUCUCUAGAGUGUUAACAAGGCAAAUGUUGACGCACGAUGCCGGCCAAUGACUUGUCACAAUAGCUUACCUUGAGCUAAAAAAGCACUAAGCAGUGAGAGUACAUGGGUCAUGGUCACACAUUUUUCUCAGCUCAAUGACAAAGGACAAUGCAGAUAAAACAUUGCUAGCUUCUGUAUUUCAUUUCCCUGCUGAAUAUUGGGUUGGGAAAACCGUUUCACACAGGCAGGCCUGUAAUAUUCUUAUAAUCUGUUCACCCUUCAGUUUAUUUGAAGUUGUAUUGGAGCACUAUUUUUUCUUCAAAUAUUAAACUGAACAUAAACUGAACAAAAUGUAGUUAGCCCGCCCGCUUAGCUCAGUAGGGAGAGCGUUGGUCUAUGGAUCGUGGGGUCGCGAGUUCGAUCACCGGGCGGGGCGUAUGUUCUCCAUGACAAUUUGAUAAAAGACAUUGUGUCUGAAGUCAUUCGUCCUCCACCUCUGAUAAUUCAUGUGGGGAAGUUGGCAGUUACUUGCGGAGAACAGGUUUGUACUGGUACAGAAUCCAGGAACACUGGUUAGGUUAACUGCCCGCCGUUACAUGACUGAAAUACUGUCGAAAAAACAGCAUUAAACUCAAAACAAACAAAAUGUAGUUAAAGGAUGUAUUGCCAGACUGGACAUUUUUGAAAAUCUACUGCUUAGAACAAUUUAAAAUACUGAACUUCUGCCUUUAGGCUUUAUGUACAGUUGUUUUACUGAAAGGAGAUUAUUUACAACAUCUGUUUACAAGUUUGAAAUACUUAUUAAUAAACAUAUUGCUCCAAUGUGCUAAGAUACAUUUCUUGGGUCAGAUCUAAUGUUUAAACUUGGAAAUCUAUACACACAGAUCAAGUAAAGUUUUGUUAUUGUCAUCAUUUUAAGCUUGAAUUCAUGUAUAUAGAUUACUGGAGAAAAAAAUAGGGUUAUCAAAUAAAGAAUAUAUAUGAAGGAGUCAUAAUUCAGAUAGUUAUGACUCUGCUGUCUGUAAAGUCUUUAUCGUCUUUAUCAACAGACAGUUAUUUUAAGGCACUGCUGUCCAGUGAAUACAUUUCUAGUUUUUCAGGGCAUUGUCAAAUUUCAAACUUGAGCUUAUUUGCUGUCUUUCCCUUCCUGCUCAGCAUCAGGCUAUGAUGCUCUAGGUAAAAAGCAUUUCUUCCUUAUUUUGUAAGUCACAAAGGUUUUUACAGUCAUUGAAGACCAACAGUGAAUCAUGUAAAGUGAGAAAACAUGUUUUUUGUUAUGAUCGCCCUUUGCUUUGUUACAGAUUAUUUGCAUGUGUUUUCAGAUAUGUUAUGUUUUGCAUUCUAAUAUGCUUGUUUCUGUUCAAAGCAUGCUUACACUAAAAUGACGUCACGUUAACAUGCGAUAACGUCAAUGUUUUUGUUGCAACCGAGAAAGAGCGCUACUAUUAUAUAUUUUAUCUUCUGUUUUAGAUUAAGGGCAUAUUACAAUCAAAAUACUGUAUAGCAAAAUCGUGUUUUACCUAAAUUAAUGCACUUGGUUAUACGUCGCCAGAAUAAUUCACUCGACCUAUGCCCUCGUGAAAUUAUUCUGCGGACAUACAUCAUCUUUCUGUGUAAUAAUAACACUAUAACACGUUUUUCUAUUUAUAGAAGAGCAUGCUACUGAAGUAUGGUAAGUUGUCAAAAUCAAGUAAAAGCGAUAGGCUUUAUGUUUUAGCAUUUCAGCAUUUACGUG